AUGAGUUGCCUCAUUCCCUCAACUAGUCACUGCGGCCAGCUGAGUUUUACGCCGUCGGCGCCUCCUCUUUCAAGCUGCUCCGCCACAAAUGAUAGUCCAGUCGUUUCUUAUAGUUUUGUGAGUGAAAUUGGGGGGAAGAUCAUGGCCUCCGGUUUACAGAUUCAGGGGGAUGAAUCGGUUCUUUUACGUGUAACUCAUUCCAACAUCAAGAGCUUUUCUGCUGAUAUGCGUUUCUCUCUCCAGAUGUCUGUGGAGGCAGUAAAAGAUAAAUUGUGGAAGAAGUGUGGUACUUCUAUUAAUUCAAUGAGCCUUCAACUCUUUGAUGAAACUGGUGCUAAAGUUGCUGAUAUCAGUGAUAACAUGAGACCUUUGGGAUUUUAUUCCCCACUGGAUGGUUAUCGGCUACAUGUCAUUGAUCUUGAUCCUUCGUCAGUAACUUCUGGUGGUUGGUUGGAUGACACUUCUCUUGUGGAAAAAUACACUAUAUCUGAUGAAGCUUAUGGAAAACGCGAUGGUACAUUCAGAAAGUUCAAGGAAAAAUUAGCCCAACAGAAUCCUUCCAUUCUGGAACCUAAAAUUUCAGCCAACUACAUGGAAGAUCUGUGCACUAAUAUCAAGACUGGAGAUAGAUGUGAAGUUGAACCUGGGGAGAAAAGAGGAGUUGUCAAAUUUGUUGGCCAAGCAGAAACACUGGGUCCUGGUUUCUGGGUUGGAGUUCAAUAUGACGAGCCAUUAGGAAAACACGAUGGCAUGGUGAAAGGAAAGCGUUAUUUUCUGUGCCCUCCACUUCAUGGUGCAAUGGUCAGGCCUGACAAAGUAAAGUCCAUAUUAGUUUUGGAUGAGAAAAAGAAGAAAAUGCAUUUAUUCCAUGAUUGGGUGACUCACUCGUUAAGCAGUAGCCGUCCUAUUGAUAGGGUUGGGCAAUGGGCAUGUUUCUUUCUUCUUCUAAAUGUUGAAUCAGUACAUUCGAGCUUGAUUGAUUCAGACGGUUUCAUUCAAUGCCUUUCUAGUAAUCCAAUUUCAUCAUCAUCAAACUUUUCUGUUGCGAGUGUUCUGUAUGCUCGCACCAACACAUCGUAUCAGUCCAUAUUGUAUUCCACCAUUUCAAAUUAUAUAUUCUUGUCAUCAGCCACCCCAAAGCCUCUUUUCAUCAUCACUCCUUUGCUCUUCUCUCAUGUUCAAGCCACUGUUGUUUGUGCCAAACGGAAUGGACUACAGAUUCGAACCCGAAGCGGUGGCCAUGAUUUCGAAGGAUACAAAUUGGAUGAGGAUCUGUGCCUUAGUGCAGUCAUACAGAGAAGGGAUGGGACGAGUUCUCCAAGCGCAACAUUCAACGCAUUGUUCCUUGGCAGAGCUGAAAAACUCCUGGAAAUAAUGGAACAAAACUUCCCUGAACUUGAGUUAACAAGUGGAGAUUGCACUGAGAUGAGCUGGAUAGAUUCGGUGCUUUCUCUAUCUGAAUAUCCAAUUCAAAACACCAUAGAAAUUCUGAAAAACGCGUCGUACAGCCCAUUCAACAGUUAUAUCAAAAUGAAGUCUGAUUACGUUUACAAUCCUUUACCUUACGAAGCUGUUGAACAGUUAUGGAACUGGAGCUCCGAGGUCGACUUUCCAAGGAUACAAAUGCAUUACUACGGCGGAAUCAUGGGGAGGAUACCGUAA